AUGAGCGUCAACGAAACAUUGAGGUUUUGUGAUUGGCGCAUAGAAAUCUAUAAUUGCGUUAUGAGUGAUAUGUUUAGAAUGGAAGCGAUGACUUCAUUGAUAACUUAUGGAAUAUUAGCAAUUACUGGAUCAUUUAUAUUUGGUUACCGUUAUAAACAUAUGUGGAAAGGUUUAUUUAUCAACCAUUGCGGCGGGAUAAGACCCCUUCCAGUUGACAGUUUAUUGUUUUUUUGGACAAUUGCCUGCUAUCUUCGUGCAUUACACUCGUUGCUUAUGAUAUUGGAUGUUUACACAACUUAUUUACAAAAAGAAACUGUUCAAGAAAUCGGCUGGACUGUGUUAUGUUAUGGUGCUGUAACUUAUAUCAUAGGAAUAAUUUACACGAUUCCAGCUAAUUAUUCUCGCGGACUAACUUCAUCAAAGAGUAGAAAAUCUAGAACCAAUAAUAGUAAUGACGAUGGUUACAAAAUACGUACUAUUUAUAUUCCAUCACCAACCGUCUUAAAUAUUGCCAAAGAAAGAGAAAAGGUCCGGCGUGUAGUCGGAGGAAGUGGUUAUGUAAAAGAUGCAAUUUCUGGUACCACUUUGGUUAAUAUUGGUGAUUCUUUACAUUUCCAAAAAGGCUCUUUAUUGAGUGGUAGAAAACAUGAUAAUCCUGAGAAUACUGUCUCAUCACCAUCAACAACAAAUUUACAAGGAGGGCACCAUUAUAUUCAACUUGAAGAAAAUGUACGAUUCAACAAAGAUCUUGAUAAUAAUCUUGAAGCUGGUUUAAAUGUUGGAGAAGUUGGUGAUGAUGAUAAGGCAGAAUGA